AUGACUUCACAAUACGCUGACCACACUCCACCUACAGAGAGCACUACACCAUCAUCACCAUCCUCCUCCACUUUUCGUCGCUCUCUUAACUUGUCUCAGGGCGCAUCGGCUCUUCUUGGUCGUCGCUUUUCGAGGACAUCAACACAACAACCACCCACUUCACCACGCACAGACACCACAAGCACAUCCAUGUCGCCUGCAGCAUCAUCUUCUUCAUCAUCCACAAACAACGUAUCCGUUCAUGUGCGUAUUGUUCCAAGUAUCGAAAAUCCGCGACGUAGUUUGAUCUUUGAUGUCGUUGAUCGUGAAAUCAAAGCUGGCACCGUUGUCAAAAUUGGAAGAUUUACGGAUCGAUCGGUGACGGCCAACCAUAUUUCAUUCAAGAGCAAAGUGGUUUCUCGAACGCAUUGUGAGAUUUGGGUGGAUCUUGAUGGCAAGCUCUAUCUAAGAGACACCAAAUCAUCAUCGGGCACUUUUCUCAACCAUGUACGACUCAGCACCGCCAACCAAGAAAGCCGUGCCACCCAAGUCCAUGAUGGUGAUAUUGUUCAACUUGGUGUGGAUUAUCAAGGUGGUCUAGAAGAAAUGUAUCGUGCCGUCAAAAUGCGUUUUGAGCUCAAUCGAACACCACCCCAACAAGCCAACGGUGCUUAUUCCAUGUCGGCAUUUAACAAUUUACGUUCGAUUAUGGCAAACAGCAGUGGGAUUGCAGCUGAAUCGGGCAUUGCUGCUGCAUCUCAACAACAACAACAGGUGGCCAACAUCAAAUCAGCAUCAUCAUGCGAGGCUCAUCAAGAGCAACACGAUGCCGAUAACAUUGAAGAAUGCUGUAUUUGCCUCUAUGCUCUUGCUCCUUUGCAGGCCCUUUUCGUUGCUCCAUGCUCACACAGCUACCACUUCAAGUGUAUACGCCCUCUACUAGAAAGCUAUCCAGGAUUUCAAUGCCCAAUUUGUCGCACGUAUUCUGAUUUGGAAGCAAGCGUUGCUGUUGAGGCUGAGGAAGUAAUGGAAAAAUAUGGGCUUAAGCCUAAAACAAAUCAAGUUGCUGCAAGUGAUGAUGAAGGACAGCAGCAGCAGCAGCCCGCCUUACCUGCAGCAUCGUCUGCACAAGAUUGUGUCCGAUCCAUGUCUCAAAUGACGACGUCUAUGGAUGACGACCCACCCGCAGCACAAUCACCACCUGACUCACACCAUGACGUGCAACCAAACACUACCACUCCUUACAACCCCGACAUCCAAGGCUCAUCAGGAGAUCACUACCCCUUGGCUAUUAUAUCCUCAAAUCAAACAAGCCAAGAUAUACAAGAUGAGGAGCAUCAUGAUGAUGAUGAGGAUGAGGAGGAGGAAGAACAAGAUGAUGGUGCUGCUUCCCCUGUUGAACGUCGUUCUACUUUUGUCUUUGACGAGCACGCUCAACAUAGCCAUCAACAUGGCAACAUGAAUGUUGAUCAACCCUCCAAUACUACAACCAACAACACCACUGGUAAUAAUACCCGAAGAUACUCUGAACGAAGAUUAAGCGCCAACAACUUGGUGGACAAGCUCAAAAUGGCAUUCUCAUCAGAGAAACGAAAAAGUGCCCAUAUCCCUACCAGCCAUCAAAGCAGCAACAACAACAACAGCACGGCCUUAAGAAAACAACGACAACGAGCAUCAGCCAUUAUACCCAUUUCCUAUUCCAACUUUUGGCGUCGGGAUGAUAGUGAUGAGGAUAACAGCGAAGAAGAUUUUACUUCACUUGAUGAUCGGCCUCAUCUUCAACAUCCUACAAUGACAACGGAUGCUGGUUCAUCAUCAUCUUCGCAUGCGUCUCCUUCAUCGAGUCCUCCACAACGCACUAGCUUGCUUACACGCACAUUAUCCGCUCAUUCCAAUAACGGUGCACCCCCACUUGCUGAUAUCGUUGAAGAGGCACAUCAUCCUUCUGCUGUGCGUGUGGAUUAA